GUAGCUCUUCACGACGAUUGGAAAGAUAAAACCGGUAGUCCGUUGAAUCGACUGUGUCACACGUGUCGCCUGGUUAAACCAUUGCGUUCUAAACACUGCAGAAUAUGCAACAGAUGUGUAAGAACGUUUGAUCAUCAUUGUCCUUAUGUCAAUAAUUGUAUUGGUUUACAUAAUAGGUAAGAAGAGCACAAAGGAAAUCGCUUAAAAUUAGUUUUGCAUUUUCUACUAAUGCAUGGAUUGCAUGCAAUCACACGUACACAUUAAUCCCCGAGCCAACAGCGUGAAGCGCCGUUCCGGGCAUAAGCCCAGGGCGAGCUAGGGUACUAAUUCCGCACGGCUAUUUACACUCGGGAAAAGGAAAGCUGCUACAGUGUGACCAGAUUUGGUAAACUGAAGUUUUACUUUUGGUAAAGUUUUGUGAAUUUUCAAGAAAAUUUAGUAAUAAGUUUUUUUCGGCAAAUUUUUGGUAAAAUCUGAAAGGUUUUAAUUAUUAAUAAUCAUUUUGGUAAAAAUGUGUGUUUUUUGUUUAAUAACGUGCUCAAAGUGAUGAACAGAACUGCCAAGCCUAAGAAAUAAAGUCUUAUCAUUAGCAAAAACUGCAAUAUGAUGAAAGCAACAAGUAUUUCGAGAUACUUUUUGUGCAUAUUUUUUCUACUUUGAUGACGUAACUAUUGUUUUUUUGCAUUAUUAUGACGUAUUUAUUUGAGAAGCCGACAUUUGGUAAAAUUUUUCUUAAUUUACAGUAGUAAAAUUUGAACAAAAUUUUAGUAAUGACUGCUGAAAAAAUCUGGUCACACUGAGCUGUUAGCGGUUUCAAAAGUGGGGUAGUAGGUGGUCAUCUCACUGAUCUCAAAAUAUGGCGGACUGCCAGGAGUGGAAGGAGCCAACUGCCAAGAUUUUAGUUGAAAACAUAUGGAAAAGUCAUUUUUCCCUCGCUACUCUGGUUUAAAUAAAUGAUUACAAAGCCCAGUCGAAUUGUAAUCAAGACCCAACGUUUCGACACUCCAGGCUUUGUAAUCAUUUAUUAAAACCAGAGUAGCGAGCGAAACAUGAUUGAUAUACCUGGUUGCAGUGAUUCCAGUGAACGAACAAACUGGAAAAGUCGUUUCAUACAAUGAGCUGUAAAGCGAUUUUAAAAUUUUACUUUAAAGAAACAACAAGAAGAGAUACUCCUUAAGGAACUUGUUACUUGGGAAGAGCAGUUCCUCAAUUCUUUCAUAAUAUUUCUGAUCUGGCUUCCCAGAUAGGAGUUGCAACUUCGAAAAUUUAACAGGUCCAUAUUUUAGUGAACUUAUUCAAUCCUUGAAAUCUAACACAGGAUAUUGCCUCGUCACUCGAACGACUGAAAAUUCCUCUCUCUCCAGUAUAAGCGACAAUAUUUUCUAUAUCUUCAAGACUGGUUUUCAAUAUAACACAUGCACUGAAACAGGUCCGUCAGUCGAUUCAAAAUAUCGUUGCAGGAAAGAAUUGAAAGUCUGACAAUUUAAAAAAAUACGGCAAUUUAGGAACGAAGUAGUAAACCCGAAAACAACGUACAUGUUUACGAAAAAAAUACAAAACAAACUUGCUUUAUAUUUCCCAUCUUAUACAUGUCUAAGCUGACCAGUGUGUAUGUUUUAUUUUUUCUAGGCUAAAGUUCCUGUCGUUUGCUGUUUCAUUAUUGCUGUGUGGUUAUAUAACCGUGUAUUUCUGUGUUACAUUGAUUAUACGAAAUGGUUAUGAUGUCCUUAUUACUCUUGGAUUACUUGAAACAGUAUUGGCUUGUUUAAUUCUUUCUAUUUUAAUACUCAUUCAUGUAAGUAUGUUGAACUUUUAUUCUACUUUUGCUGACGUACCAAUCACGAGCUUGCUAUUGUUGACAUGCACCUGUCCAAUCGUUGACACCUGUCCAAUAACGUACAAUACCGUCGACACCAUACAUAUAUUUUGACGACUUUGAACUUCGCUAUGCUCGGGUAUAUCAAUAGCCGGACAGAAUUAGUACCAACCCACUGGCAGUGGCCAAAUAUUUAUUAAAACAUCGUCAUUAUCAUAUUGUAUUUAACUAUGCACUAUUUUACUGUGUCAUUUAAAGACUGUUGAAAUCACUUUUGAAUCAGUGUAAUUAAAAAAACUUGCAGUAUACUUGCUUCAUUAAACCCAAAAGUAUUCGCGCAUAAAUUGCGCAAACACUCCUAUGCGUUUGUUGCUAUACGCAUUAAUUGCAAUUGUAAAGGCCCAUACAGAUCGGACGCGAUUUGGCAACGCGACGCGAAUUUUCAGUUUUCAACGCGUCGCGUUGUCGAAUCGCGUCCGAUCUGUGUGGACCUUAACACAUAGUUAUUUGUUACGUCUUAGGCCUACGAAUAAGAAAGGUGUUUUUAUUAUUUUUACCCUCAAAACAACUUUUCUUUGUUUCAGGUUGGCAAUAUGGCGACGAAUUUAACAAGCAACGAACGAAUUAAUCAAAAAAGAUACUCGUAUUUAACUGGCUCUGAUGGAAAGUUUUAUAAUCCUUUUGACCGCGGGAUUGUUAGGAACAUUUUAGAACAUUUUUAUUUUAUCAAAGAACGUGAAGUUAAACAUAGUGGAGAAGAAGUUGUUUGA